AUCGGAUUUUCCUAACCUAACAAACAAUCAAAAUUCCAAUGUAUGCGUCAUGCGUGGGUAAAAUAAUCCGCAGUAUUCUGUAAGCAGAAUCAAUUAUCAAACGCACAAGUGGCACGAACGCGUCCGUGGAGCCAAACCCUUCCGUCGCCAACCCGCUCUCUCCCACCUUUCCGGCUCCGGUGCUCGUCGACGGGAAACAGAAGCGUCCUGAUCUACGAUACAUCGCCGACGAAGGUGGCAGUGGCGGGUGGGGAUUUCCUGAAGGGAAGAAAAAGAUGCUUGAAAUUCCUCCCACGGAUUCGACAGUCACCGCCAGCAUUGCUACUGUUAAGAGAUAUGCACCUCCCAACCAGCGGAAUCGCUGUAUUGGAAGGCGCAAAUCUGGUGUAGAUCGACUUGAAAGAGCAAAUAGUUAUGCUAGUGAUGGUGAGAAAAACCAAAACAGCAUACUUAGAACCAUGUCCAGUAUAGAUCAUCAUGGGGAUACAGGAGGCAACUAUCGCACCAAUGAAGACCGUCGUUCUGGUGGAGCAGCAUUAAAUUUAAUAUCAUUAAAUGGGUGUUGCAACAGUGAAGUCGUUCAGUUAUUGAAUGAUCGCUGGGUGGCUGCCAUGAGUUUGUAUAAUAGCUUACCUGAAGGUUCACCUGAAAAGCCAGUCAUGUACACCAGAAAAAACACAUCACCUUGGAGGCUUCCCCAUCAGAUGCAUGGUGCAGGAUUUGGGCCUUCUGCUGGGUUGCAAAGAGAUUUCUUAAGCGAACUUUGGCAGGCUAUGCCCAAGCAGAAUUCCAGUUCUAAGUAAACAAGGCUUGAAACCUGAAAUUGUCAGCAUCUUAAUCCUUCAUAAUGUGCAAUUAGAUGUUUAUUGUAAAUUACAUAUGCCUCGUUACUUCUGUUAUUUUAAAUGUAUUGGGGAAAGCGGAGCUUCCUACCAUUCAUAACUCAAUGACUGCCUCUUAAUAAAACUGAAAGGCAGUGAGUGCUAGGAAAUAAGGAGAGUUACUCCUCCGAUCCAUAUUUGUCAUAUUUAAUCAUUUAAUCCAUUCUAUACUGGUGUGCAA